AAAAGAAAAAAAGAAAAAACGAUCUGUGUUCUAGGGCUCCUGUGCUGUCGCUCCUCGAAGUCGAAGGAUAAGAUCUGGGUUUGUGUUUGGGAGAUUAGCUUCAGUUUCAUCAGGAGCAGCGCCGAAAAGAUUACAAGUAUAAGCAGCAACUGUUCAUCUCAGAUUGCAAGAUGGACAUAAUCUCCCAACUACAAGAGCAGGCCAACACUAUUGCUGCACUUGCAUUCAAUACAUUUGGGACACUACAAAGGGAUGCGCCUCCUGUUAGACUUUCUCCAAAUUAUCCAGAACCUCCUGCUAAUCCUACAGAAGAGGCUGCAAAUGUUGUAGAGCAACCCAAGCUCAUGAGUGCUGCAUUGGUCAAGGCUGCGAAGCAGUUUGAUGCAUUGGUUGCUGCACUUCCAUUGUCUGAGGGAGGCGAAGAAGCCCAACUGAAAAGGAUUGCAGAACUUCAGGGUGAAAAUGAUGCCGUAGGCCAAGAACUUCAGAAGCAGCUGGAAGCUGCAGAGAAGGAGUUAAAGCAGGUCCAGGAGUUGUUUAGCCAAGCUGCAGAUAACAGCUUGAACUUAAAGAAACCAGAUUGAAUACUAGGAUACACGGCACUAAUUGGUAUCUUUUUAUUCCCUGUUUAAUUGUAGACAGUACCUCAGGACAAAGGACGGUGGAAUCUUCCUGAAGUUUUUUCCGUCUAUUUUAUAAGCCUAUCAAUAUGAAGGGAAAAAAAAAAAAAAGUUUU